GACGGGAGAAGCUCACUCCCCCAUUCGUCUUGCACCACAAUGUCGUCGAUCAAGACCCUCAACCCGAAGGCCGAGGUGGCGCGCGCGUCCCAGGCGCUGCUGGUCAACAUCACGGCUGCCCAAGGUCUCCAGGAGGUCCUCAAGAGCAACCUCGGUCCCAAGGGCACCAUGAAGAUGCUCGUCUCUGGCUCUGGCGACAUCAAGAUCACCAAGGACGGCAACGUUCUUCUCCACGAAAUGCAAAUCCAACACCCGACGGCCUCGCUCAUUGCCCGCGCAUCGACCGCCCAGGACGACGUGACUGGCGACGGCACGACCUCGACGGUGCUGCUCAUUGGCGAGCUGCUCAAGCAGGCCAACCGUUACAUGUCCGAGGGCCUGCACGCCCGCAUCAUCAACGAGGGCUUUGAGAUUGCCAAGAAGAAGGCCCUCCAGGUCCUCGAGGACCUGAAGGUCAGCAAGGACAUGGAUCGCGACACGCUUGUCCAGGUCGCCCGCACCUCCCUCCGCACAAAGGUUCCGCUGGAUCUUGCCGACCGUCUGACAGAGGUCAUUGUCGACUCGUUGCUGACGAUUCAGCGCCCAGAGCGACCACUGGACCUGUUCAUGGUUGAGAUCAUGGAGAUGAAGCAGAAGGCAGACGUUGACGCGACUCUUGUCAAGGGCUUGGUGCUGGAUCACGGCGGUCGUCACCCCGACAUGCCCAAGCGUGUUGAGGAUGCUUACAUUCUUACACUCAACGUGUCUCUCGAAUAUGAAAAGAGCGAGAUCAACUCGGGCUUCUUCUACAGCUCUGCUGCCGAGCGCGACAAGAUGGUCGCUGCCGAGCGCAAGUUUGUCGACGACAAGGUUCGCAAGCUGAUCGAGUUCAAGAACUCUGUUGUCGGGUCGUCGAACAAGGGCUUUGUCAUUAUCAACCAGAAGGGUAUUGACCCUCUGUCGUUGGACAUGCUCGCAAAGGCCAACAUUCUCGCUCUUCGCCGCGCCAAGCGACGAAACAUGGAGCGUCUCGGUCUCGCGUGCGGUGGCAGCGCCAUGAACACGGUGGAUGAGCUCACCCCCGAAGUGCUCGGCUGGGCUGGCGUCGUCUACGAGCAGUCGAUCGGCGAGGAAAAGUUCACCUUUGUCGAGAACUGCAAGAGCCCGCUGUCCGUCACUCUGCUUUUGCAAGGCCCUGCCGCGUACAGCAUCACCCAGCUGAAGGACGCUGUUCGCGACGGUCUCCGUGCUGUCAAGAACGCCAUCGAGGAUAAGGCCGUCAUCCCUGGCGCUGGCGCGUUCGAAGUCGCCCUCUCGAGCGAGCUCCAACGCUUUGCCCUGACCAUCAAGGGCCGCGCACGUCUUGGUGUCCAGGCAUUUGCCGACGCCUUCCUCAUCAUCCCCAAGGUUCUUGCCCAGAACGCUGGCUUUGAUCCCCAGGACACGAUGGUCACACUUCAGGAGGAGCAUCAAGCUGGUCACAUCUCUGGCGUUGAUCUCGCAACAGGUCUUGCCCUCAACCCCGCCGACGAGGGUAUCUGGGACAACUACCGCGUCAAGCGUCAACUCAUUCACUCGUGCUCGGUCAUUGCUGGCAACCUUGUGCUUGUCGACGAGAUCCUGCGUGCUGGCCGCUCGUCUCUUAAGGGCUAAUCGAACUGUGUGUUGUCCGUUUUCGUCUGUAUCAUAAAACCGACAAUUUUCUUUGGCUGCA